AUGAGAAAGCGCAAAAUUGAUGUUUUACGCACUGAAGAGAUCCUUGAGCUGCUAGAAGCACAAAGUGACGAUGAACGUGACAUAGAGAAGAUAUUUUUAGAGCCACCGGAUGAAGAAAAUUUUUCAGACGAGGAUUCCUCAAAUGAAGAUGAAGGAGGGACAUUGAGAAAUUUAUCUAAAAGACAGAGGAUGACUAAUUGUGAAGUGGUAUAUGCAGGAACGUUCGACGAUGACUUCGAAGAAGAUAAUCCUGUAGCUGAAGAUGAGCUGGCAAAAUACAUCAAGGAUGUGCUGGAACAUUCUUCGUCGAAUGUGGAAACGAACCUUCUUGAAACACCUCCUCGUUUGAAAAAAGGAUUGCCUACAACAUCAUCUUAUAAGAACAAUACAUCGAUGACUGAAACUUCGCAAUACACUGCAUCAAAUCCCGUUGAAGUGGCAACAAGCACUCAUCAAACUAUACCUCUUGUUGUGGAAAUGGCGACAAGUUCGCAACAAAUGACACCUCCUUUUGAACAAGUGGCAACAUCACCUGAAUCAACUCCACAAAAACUUCCUGAAUCGUAUGUGCGAUUAACUCCACCGAAACUGCCACGUCGUAUGCCACCGAGAAUAACAAAACCUCCAGCAAAACGGCAAAAGAAAAGUCAACCAGUUCCAGUCGCUUCAAUGAAGCAAACACGGUCACGAGCGAUUAUGAAUAAAGACUUGAAUUGGGUUGCACAAGAGGAAUAUGCCAGACCACUGAACAUUUUCCCCGAUUUGGUCUAUCCAACGGCAUAUGAUAUUGCACCUUACACAUUUUUUGAAAAAUUCUUCGAUGGUGAAGUAGUCAAUUUGCUGUGUGAUCAAACUAAUAAAUAUGCUGUGUUCAAGGAUCCAAACAAGCCCAGCCCAGCAAUUACACCCCAAGAAAUGCGAGUAUUUCUGGGGAUUCUCAUUGUAACUGGAUAUCGUCCUGCCCCUGCCAAAAGGGAUUACUGGUCUGAGGAAGAUGACAUGGGUAGUCGUAUGAUUCAAGAAGCCAUGAGACGCCAUCGUUUCGAAACGAUACACACCAACCUACAUUUUGCGGACAUGUCUCAGUAUGAUGAGAAAGACAAAAUAUGGAAGCUUCGUCCACUCACCGACAAACUGAAAGAACGCUUCCGAAAGAACUUUGUCCCAGAGCAACAUCUCUCUUACGAUGAAAGUAUGGUGGAAUACUUCGGCCGCCAUAGUUGUAAGCAGUUCAUAAGAGGAAAGCCUGUGCGAUUCGGCUAUAAAAUGCGGUCGCUAAACACACCUCAAGGCUACUUGAUAAAUUUCGAGAUGUACCAAGGUUCAAAUCCGAGGAUCAACCCAGCGUACAUAGAAAAGUAUCCGAAACCAACAGCACCGUCGUCGACCAAAAAUUGA